AUGGCUGUCAAUGGCGAAGCAGAUGGCGACGUGGUCAAUGUACCCGCCCAGACAUUCGACACGAUCCUCGUCCUCGACUUUGGAUCGCAAUAUUCGCAUUUGAUAACGCGACGACUUCGAGAGUUGAAUGUCUACUCUGAGAUGCUACCAUGUACACAAAAGAUUGCUGAUCUGCAUUUCCGACCUAAAGGCAUCAUACUGUCCGGCGGACCCUAUUCUGUCUACGAAGAUGGUGCACCGCACGUUGAUCCUGCAGCCUUUGAUCUGGGUGUCCCUAUCCUGGGUAUCUGCUACGGCUUACAAGAAAUCGCUUGGCAUAACGGGAAAAACGUGGUUGCGGGCGAGAAGAGAGAAUAUGGUCAUGCAUACCUCAAGAUCGAAAGACAUCAAGGCAAGGAAGAGCAUAUUGAUCGCCUGUUUGAGGGCAUCCAGGACGAUGUUGAGGUGUGGAUGAGUCAUGGUGACAAGCUGUCCAAGCUGCCAGAAGGCUUCCAUCCCAUCGCGAGCACAGCAAAUGCUCCGUUUGCAGGUAUCGCAAGCACAGAUAAGCCAUACUUUGGGAUUCAGUUCCAUCCAGAGGUGACUCAUACACCUCGAGGCAAGGAGAUCUUGGGCAACUUCGCUGUCAAAAUCUGCAAAGCGCGACAAGAUUGGACCAUGGAGAAGUUCGUGGACCAAGAGAUCGAGCGCAUUCGGGCAAUGGUUGGACCCAAGGGCCAAGUCAUUGGUGCCGUUUCUGGCGGCGUGGAUUCUACAGUCGCCGCCAAAUUGAUGCAAGAAGCUAUCGGUGACCGAUUUCAUGCCGUUUUGGUCGACAAUGGCGUUCUCAGACUCGACGAAGCUAAGACCGUGAAAGAGACCCUGACUCAGCACCUCGGCAUCAAUCUCACUGUGAUCGACGCAAGCGACCUGUUCCUCGGCAAGCUAAAAGGUGUCUCAGAUCCAGAAACGAAGCGCAAAAUCAUUGGAAAUACCUUCAUUGAGGUAUUCCAGGACAAGGCCAAAGCCAUCGCUGAAGCUGCUGCCAACUCUUCGAGGGCUGGCGAGAUCGAGUGGCUUCUGCAGGGCACUCUCUACCCCGACGUGAUCGAGAGCAUAUCCUUCAAAGGACCUUCUGCAACCAUCAAGACACAUCACAAUGUUGGUGGUCUGUUGAAGGGUAUGCAUCUGAAGCUCAUUGAGCCUCUGAGAGAGCUUUUCAAGGAUGAGGUGAGAGCAUUAGGUACGAACUUGGGCAUUCCGGAACAUCUCGUCUGGAGGCAUCCAUUCCCGGGUCCAGGUCUCGCGAUCCGCAUUCUUGGUGAAAUCAACGAGGGCCAGCUCAAGAUUGCCCGACACGCGGACAAAAUCUUCAUUGACGAAAUCGAGGCAGCUGGUUUGUACAGAAAGAUCUCUCAAGCUUUUGCAGCUCUGUUACCGGUCAAAGCAGUCGGAGUCAUGGGAGACAAGAGAGUGCACGCUCAAGUUAUCGCCCUGCGUGCCGUGGAGACGACGGACUUCAUGACGGCUGACUGGUUCCCCUUCGAUGGCGAGUUCCUGAAGAGAGUGAGCAGACGUAUCGUGAAUGAGGUCGACGGAGUGUGCCGAGUGCUGUACGACGUUACCAGUAAGCCUCCUGGUACCAUUGAGAUGGAGUAG